AUGUCUGCGGCAGAGCAUGACCAGCACAAUCGGACCCACACACUCCCACUCCCAGACCUCUCUGGUGCCGUCCCGACCUCCACGGAGGCGAGGGCAAAACGUCGUAUUGCCGCUCUAGAAGAGGAGUUACAGAUGAUGAAGCAAGAAAGAGGAACAAAGCAAAGAAAGACCACAUACUAUGUGUCUCAAGGCCGGGCAAUCCGCCGCAUGGUGGUCCUUUAUGCCAACAUUGAAAACUUAAUUGCGGAGAACGAUCGCAGAUGUGAGGAGAGCUGGGAGAAUUCUACUCCGGAGCAUGUUUUUUGUUUUUGUUUUGUUUUAUCAUAUCGUGGUUAUUUCGCGCUGGUGCAGACUCUGCCAUGGAUGCAUGAAAAACUUGCAGAACUCGACCCCGAUGAUGUCGAGGAUAUGAUGAAAAAGAUUAAAAGAGGAGCGGAUGCGGCCCGCGGUGAUGAUACCUCGACUCUCAAGGACUUGGUUGCCGCCUGGGUCAAUCAAAGCUUUCAUCCGUCCAACCUACUAAAAUCUGAUGACAAACAGUCGCGCGGCUUCAUACACGAAGUUUGUGGCAAAUUACUCUGCCCUGCUGAGUGGGAUUGGAGUAAGGACUGCGUGAAAGCAGGCAUUCGCGACCGAACAUCAGAUUAUGUUGUGUCGGAGAAUUCUUGGCCGCUCUUUGUGUAUGAGAACUACUCAGUGAACAGUAGCGACCUCCAGCAAGGUCUUUUCAUGUCGAAAAUUUUGGUUCAGGCUUUUAAAGCCACCUUUACGUCUCCGUCAUCGGCAAAAGAAGCUGAUGGCGAUGGUGACGGAGCCGAUAUCCUCGAGAACAACAGGCGCGCGCGGCGGGCACUAAAUCAAGUCAAGGUAAAAACGUGCGUUCGGUUUUCGCUAUCCAACAUCUCGUCUUGGCGCACCAUCGACGGUGACUUCGACUACGAAGCAUUCUGGAACCAUAUCGUGGAUUUUUUCGAGGACGUACCUGGCCCUGUCGCACGACGUAGGGUGACUACACUUCUCGAAUGGUGGACGAGGAAGGUUUUUGGAAAAAAUCAUCGCGAGGACCUCACGCCGGAGGUAGUAUCCAAAAUGUCCGUAACAGCACUAGCAGAGCAACGAAAGGCACUGGAGGAUUCCGUCUUUGAUUCGGACUAG